AUGGCACUGUUGUUCGCCAUCAUUGUCAUCCUGGUCACCACUGCCAUGUCGCUGCCGCCGGUCAUCAGAAUCGGUGCAAUAUUCACGGAGGACCAAAAAGACAGUCCGUCGGAGCUGGCGUUCAAGUAUGCCAUUUAUAAGAUCAACAAGGACAAAACUCUGCUGGCGAACACCACGUUGGUUUACGAUAUCCAGUACGUGCCUAAGGACGAUUCUUUCAGGACGUCGAAAAAAGCGUGCAAGCAGCUCUCCAGAUCGGUCCAAGGGAUCUUCGGCCCGUCCGAUCCUCUACUAGGUGCCCACAUCCAAAGUAUCUGCGAGGCUCUGGACGUCCCGCAUCUAGAAGCGAGAGUGGACUUCGAGCCGACCUUCAAGGAGUUCAGUAUAAACCUCUAUCCCUCGCAGGACCACUUGAACAAAGCCUUCAAAGACCUAAUGUCGUUCUUAAACUGGACCAGAGUGGCCAUAAUCUACGAGGAAGAUUACGGUUUGUUCAAGCUGCAGGAUCUCGUGAAAUCACCACCAUCAGCGAGAACGGAGAUGUACAUCCGCCAGGCGGGACCCGGAUCCUACAGACAGGUCCUUCGAGAGGUCAGACACAAGGAGAUCUAUAAAUUGAUCGUCGACACCGAUCCUGCGCACAUGCAACAAUUUUUUCGAGCGAUACUCCAGCUACAGAUGAACGAUUACAGAUACCACUACAUGUUCACCACGUUCGACAUCGAAACGUUCGAUCUGGAGGACUUCAAGUACAACAGCGUGAACAUGACUGCGUUCCGUCUGGUGGAUCUAGAGGAGCCAAAAGUGGCCGAAGUUCUACGACAGAUGGAACGCUUCCAGCCGAUUGGCUACGCGAUCCUCAACAAAACCGGAGUUAUCCAGGCAGAACCAGCUUUGGUGUACGACAGCGUGCAGGUUUUCGCGCACGGUUUGGCCGCGUUGGAUCGCAGCCACGACCUCAAGCCCGCCAAUUUGUCGUGCGAGAAAGAGGAGCCAUGGGACGAUGGUCUUUCAUUGUACAACUACAUUAAUACCGCAGGCCUACACGGCCUAACCGGACAUAUCGAGUUCAACGAAGGGAAGCGGAACAACUUCAAAUUAGACCUGCUGAAGCUGAAGAAAGAGGAGCUGGUGAAGGUGGGCGAGUGGAAACCUGGUUCUGGCGUGAACGUGACUGACGUGGGCGCUUUUUACGAGACCAGCGCCACUAAUAUCACUCUGGUCGUUAUGACGCGAGAGGAGAAACCGUACGUCAUGGUGAAAGAAGACAAGAAUCUGACGGGGAACGCGAGGUUCGAGGGAUUCUGCAUCGAUUUGCUCAAGUGGAUCGCCGGCCAGGUCGGCUUUCAGUACGCCAUAAGGCUGGUGCCAGAUCACAUGUACGGCGUUUACGACCCGAAAACCAAGGAGUGGAACGGCAUCGUCAGGGAACUGAUGGAGAAGAGAGCAGACCUGGCCGUCGCGUCUAUGACGAUCAAUUACGCUCGGGAGAGCGUGAUAGACUUCACCAAGCCAUUCAUGAAUCUCGGUAUCGGAAUUCUGUUUAAGGUGCCCUCCAGCCAGCCAACGCGGCUGUUCUCCUUCAUGAACCCGCUCGCCGUUGAGAUCUGGCUGUACGUGCUGGCCGCGUACAUGCUGGUAAGCUUCACCCUCUUCGUUAUGGCCCGAUUCAGCCCGUACGAGUGGAACAAUCCGCAUCCGUGCCUCGCGGAGAGCGACAUCGUCCAGAACCAGUUUAGCGUCAGCAACAGCUUCUGGUUUAUCACUGGCACGUUCCUCAGGCAGGGCAGCGGGCUCAACCCCAAGGUUUCCGGGCGAAUGCCGUCGAGGCUGUUCUCGUUCAUGAAUCCCCUCGCCGUGGAGAUUUGGUUAUCCAUGCUGGGUGCUUACAUGAUGGUCUCCGUAACGAUUUGGAUAGUGGCGAGGUUCUCGCCUUACGAAUGGGUCGAACCGACACCCUGUCCGAGCUGCAAAUGUCCGCUGCAGGGUGGUCACGUGAGCGCGUUGGAUCCUGACAGCGACGACAUACCUCUGCCACGAACGGUCAACGAGUUCACCCUGGCCAACAGCUUCUGGUUUACGGUCGGCACGCUUAUGCAACAGGGAAGCGACCUCAACCCCAAGGCGACCAGCACGAGAAUAGUAGGCGGAAUCUGGUGGUUCUUCACUCUGAUCAUCAUCUCCUCUUACACGGCGAACUUGGCCGCGUUCCUCACCGUCGAGAGAAUGAUCACGCCUAUCGAGAACGCGGCUGAUCUUGCGGAACAGACUCAGAUCUCCUACGGAACGUUAGAAGGCGGCAGUACGAUGACAUUUUUCAGAGACUCGAAGAUAGGCAUCUACAAGAAGAUGUGGGAGUUCAUGGAGACGAAAUCGCCGUCUGUGUUCGUGAAGAGCUACGAGGACGGUGUGAAGAGGGUGUUAGAGGGCGACUAUGCCUUUCUCAUGGAAUCCACGAUGCUCGAUUAUGCGGUACAACGGGAUUGCAAUCUCACGCAAAUUGGCGGUCUGUUGGACAGCAAAGGCUACGGAAUUGCCACCCCGAAAGGUUCGCCCUGGAGGGAUAAAAUAUCUCUGGCGAUUCUCGAGCUGCAGGAGAAGGGCGUGAUACAGAUUCUGUACGAUAAGUGGUGGAAGAACACGGGGGACGUGUGCAACAGGGACGAGAAGAGCAAGGAGAGCAAGGCGAACGCGCUUGGAGUCGAAAAUAUCGGCGGUGUCUUUGUCGUGCUGGUCUGCGGCCUGGCUCUAGCGAUCCUCGUGGCGGUCCUCGAGUUCUGCUGGAACUCCAAGAAGAACGCCCAAUCGGACCGGUCCCUGUGCGCCGAGAUGGCCUCGGAAUUGCGGUUCGCCGUACGGUGCGGUUCACGGCAGAGACCAGCCGCGAAGGCGCGCAAUUCCGACGCCGCGGUGCCGUGUGACCGCUGCAGCCCUCGCGCCACCAGGAGGAGAACGCGAUAUUGCUCGACUGGCCACGAAGAGACCACCUACAUACCGAGCAUCGAGAUACCACGGUUAAAUGCAGGAGGGUGGUGCGUUGUCGAUGACGGAGAUGAAGAAAUCAUUGAGCUUCGAUCAAGUGGGAGCGGCCCGUGGCGGGAACACCUAGCACAGGCCUCAUCCUCAUCUUCAUCCUCAGCAGCAGCAGCAACAACAACAGCAACAGCCACCGUGCAAAGCCACGCCCACGCACACACGUCACACACACUGCCACUCACAUUCACACAGCCACAAUCACAGUCAUACGCACAAGCACCAACCACCCCCACUGAGACAGAGACGGGGCUCUUCAAGCAUCGUCUUGGGUCAAGGAGGUGACCACCCUGAGAGUAUUCUUUGGAGAUUCGACUGCGACCUGGCGGGUGAGCCAGACGUGGUGAUAUCGCCG